AUAAGUACCCCUCAGAAGUUUGCCCGCUGCAGUGUGUGUUUGUGUGUGUGUGUCUGUGUGUAAGUAAGUGCGGGCGAAGAAGCCGGCGUGCGCGUGCGAAUUUAUUUAUUAGGACCCCGUCCGGAACCGUUUUAUUGCAGUAAAUAAUAUUUAAGGGCCGCUUCGCCGGAAAAACCCGCAGGAAAACAGCCCGCUCCUGUGGAAACCAAGACCGUCGCCAUGGUUGCCACAAGCACACUGAAGACCAAAAGCAGCGAGUGCAUUUCGGACUUGGUCGACCGAAGAUAUGACCAGGCUUGCAUUGAGAAAGAACUGGAUUUCUGGGAUCACUGCUUGGCCGAGCCCCAGAGGAAUGCAGAUGUCACUGAGGACAGAACCUGUCAACAGCUGGCCAAGAUGUUUGAAAACUGCCUGUCACGAGCCAAGAAGACGACGCUGCACUGCUCCUCUGUGCUGGUACCAGAGAAGCUUACGCGGAGAAUAGCUCGCGAAGUCCUGCGGCUGGCAUCUUGCGAGCCCUGCGGCCUGCGCGGCUGCGUCCUCUACGUCCUCCUGGAGCUGGACAAGGGCUGCAAGCGGCUAGAGCGCAUCGUGUACGAUGCCACCGUGGUGCCCACUUUUGAGCUGACUCUCGUGUUCAAGCAGGAUGGUACCGCCUGGCCCAGCCUAAGGGACUUCCUCUUUAUGGGAACCUGCUUUGGCCCAACUUUCAGGCACGUACUCAAACUGAGCCCAGGUUUCCGGCUUGUCAAAAAAAAGCUGUACUCCUCCUCGGCUGGUACCGUGGUAGAGGAGUGCUGAACUAUAGGAGGGACGAGAGUGGAAUAUUGGGAUUUCUGUGGGUAAACGCACUUCUGCCCAAAUGUAAAUGACGCUCCCAGCAGUGUCAUAUUUUCUACAGUGUUUUUGUACAGUACGGUUUGUCAUUUCAACUAUUAGUAGCCAGUCAGUUUAGUUUGGAACUUGGGAUUUAAAGUUAACCGCUUGUGCAGAAAUGAGCCUGAUAGUUCUGGGUUUGGCUUCAUUGUUUCUAAAAGUGCAUUUUUAUCAGCAAAAUCAUAAUAUCCAGGAUGUUGUUUUGUUUGUCUUUUUGUUUUUUUUGUGUUGUUUUUUUCUAAUAAGAGUUUAUUAUUCAAACACGGUUUUAAAUUGUACAUUUUGCCGGUGAAUGUAAAACUAUGUUCACAUCAACAUGUUUGAGAGGGACAUACUGUGGGUACACUUUUGUUUAGGACACUAGCCACUUUGUUGAUGCAUCUGCGUGUUUCCAGAUACAUUGAAUGUGUUCAACAGUAAACACACCUCGGCUUGAACAGGAGACUGAAAUUUAGUCUUUGGGGGCCAUAUGUAGCUAGUUGUGCAAUGCUGUAUUUAGGGCUACAGACGUUUUUAAGACUGAAUGUCUUGUGAAGAUGCUGCUGUCUUGGUGUGGGCUUCUCACACUAAGGGAAUGUGGAUGCCUUAAAUGUCAUAGAAAUGUACGUUUUGCUUUUUUUUUUUUUUUCAGAUCACAGCUAUGUUUAUGUUUAGUGUAAAUGUUUUAUUGCAUUUUUAUUUUUAUACCCCCUCCAGACACACCUUUUCAAUGCAGAACCUUUAUAGAUUAUUAAAAGGAUGGUUCAUCAAAAUGUAAAAGCUUAUUUGUUUUUUUAAGUAAUUUGUUAACUGGGAUGUUGCAAAGAAAUUACUGGAUGUCCAGCUAGAAAUUUGCAAUUUUUUUUUUUUUUUCCUUCACAAAUUCCCUACAAUUUUUCAAAGUCUUUCGUUUCUUUCUUUUCUUUUCUUUUUUUUUAUGCCAUGUGAACUUCUCGUUGAAGGAAAUUAGCUCUUGUCUAUUAGACAAUAAAAAAUUUAAACCUUAUUU